AUGUCCGGCGACAUGCCCUACUCAAAAACAUAUCAGAACUAUCCAGGCACAGUUUACAAUACUCAGGCACCUUGGGAUGAGGUUGACUAUACCAAUCUUCAGCCAGCAAUCGCCGACUAUAGUGGCUCCCCGAAACAGACCGACUACUCUCGAUUCCACGCUGCAGAAACAUCAUGCCAGGAUGUAGGAUCACCUGGUUUCGAACAGUUUCUUAACCUCGACUGCUCAGAUGUUGGCUCCUUCUCAGUCCCAAGCGACAACUUCUCACCAGAGCCCGUCUACAAAACAUCCCCUACAUCUCUGGAUUUCUCUCAGCAAAGCACACUAUCUUCUCUGAAGCUUGAGCCCGGUUCUGUCCCAAACGCUGGCUUUGGAUGUCCUGCCUAUCAAGUGCUUCCUCCCGACCACGACAUCCAACUCAGUGGUCUUGAACCAGCAUGUUUCCAAUCAGCAAGCCUUGGGGAGAUUGAGGACUGCAGUGCAGCACAUUGUAUCACACCAACCAUGUCUAAUUCCUCGAGCCGCAAGUCUCCCAAGUCGACCACCUCACGCAAACCCUCCAAAGACACCGCCCGCUCUCCCAAACAGAUAAAAGAACGAGAUCAGAAAUCUCGGUCGAAACGCACCCAUACAGCGUCCGAAAGUGAAGAUGAAUCGGCUCAGCUUCGAGCAAAACAAGCUCACUCUGUCGUGGAACGACGAUAUAGGGACAACCUGAAUGGCAAGAUUAUGCAGCUACAUCGAGCUCUUGUCACCAGCGAUGCCUUUGCUCGCUCAACCUCAGGCUUGUCCAAUCACGACUUUUACGCUUCGCGAGAACAUCGCGGUAAAGUACGCAAAUCAGAUGUGAUGACGGAUGCCAUGAACUACGUUCAUCAGAGCGAGGUCGAGAUCCGACAUAUGACUAAUGAGAUCACUCGACUCACCGAGAGGGUCAUGGCCUUGGAGAAGCUAGUCAAGUGCGAGGAUUGCACUCUGCUGAAGCAGAUGGUGCGCUUACAGCUACAACGACAAGCUACACAGUGA